AGCUCCUCACCACAUUUUGUCUGUCAGGGGUGGAGGAGCUGUCCACCGACGCGGUGCUGAAGUGCGUCCCGACACAGCGCUGCGUUGUAGCCUUUAUCAAGGUAAUCUGACAGGGACGGGAAAAGCGGCACGGUAAAUAGUUGUCUCCCAAAAUUAAAGGAUGCACUGGUCAAUGAACACGCUUCCCUUGACUCCGUAUAUGGAGCUGGGUGUACACUCACUGAGCGGCCUUCUGUGGACUCUACUGCUUUUGUUUCUUUGGCACUGUUAUCGGAUGGGCUCCGAUCUGCCAAUCCCAGGCCAUGCGCAUGCUGGAAAGCUCAAGUCAAGCUCAAGGAGGUCCAUGAUGUCCCGUAGCGGUAGCUGUAUUGGAACAAAGUGCAGUGCACGAUCCAAGCUGUCCAGGAGCGAUCAAAUUAGUCCCUUUAUUUCCAUGGAAACAGUGGAAGACGAUGAGCAGGGACAGGGCUACCUCACCCCAGUGCUGAGUCAUGCCUUGUUCCCUGCCCAGGCAUCUGCAGAAGCCAAGAAGUUGUACACAGCCCUGCAGCAGUAUGCCAAACGCUACAGUUGGGUGGGCAUGGGUCGCAUUCAUAAGGGCCUCCGCGAGCAGGUCAGACUGAAUGAUCACUCUGCUAUACAGAAGCCUCAUCUCUUCUUCCUGCCAGAUGUUCCAAGUGUGCCUUUCUUCCCACGUGACGCUCAUCGACAUGACAUUGAAGUCUUGGAAGCCAACUACCCUGCGAUCUUGGCUGAAUUCCAGGCUGUUUACCAGAAGGGCAUUGACUCAAAAUUAGGCUGGACCUGUGUAGGACCAAAGGGCCAAGCUGUGUUUCCUUUGUACAGCGCUGGUGUCUCUGUGGCAGGAAACUGCCGUGCCUGUCCCUGCACCUACCGGACACUUCUGUCUUUACGUACUUUUAUAAACAGCAACUCAUUGGGAUCAGCAGGAUUUUGGCUGCUGGGCCCUGGAGCAACUUUGGGAAGCACAUAUGGACCCACUAAUACACGCCUGCGUUGUCAUCUUGGUCUGCAGACUCCACCCCUGUGCGAGCUGGUGGUGGGAGGGGAGCCUCAGUGCUGGUCAGAAGGACACUGCCUCCUGGUUGAUGACUCCUUCCUUCACACUGUCUCCCACAAGGGCCCUCCAGAUUCUAGACCCAGCGUCAUUUUGAGCGUGGACCUUUGGCAUCCAAAUGUGGCUGCAGCAGAGAGACAAGCCCUGGACUUCAUGUUCAGCCCUGACCUCUAAAAUGUUUUUGUUUAUCUGUGUACUUGUAUACAACAUGAAGAGAUGCCUUACAUUAGACCUGGUAGUCCUGGGACAUGCAUCUCAUUCCAGUAAAUUAACCGCUGUGUGAAUCUGCCCCAAGAAUUAUACAAGCCAUUAGCCAUGCUUUCAAGUGCUGUUGGAUUUAGGGUCUACACCAAGAUUUACCACAUGGAUGCAUUACAUUGUUGUUAUAGGCUGUGUCACUUGAAAGCACAAAGAGCAGAUCCAGCGUUAGCAACUUGGCAUCAUAACUUUAUGCAUGUGAAAACUACUGGAGUUUAUUUUCAACUGUUGAUGCAUGUGCUAAUAUGCUAUGGGAAUGAUUCAACCAGAAAAACUGUGAAAACCAAAAAAAAAAAAGAAAAAAAAAAAGAUAAAUAUUACAAUUGUAAUAUAAAAUGAUUUUUAUUUUCCAAAACUGUUGCCAAAAAUAUUUUGACUAAUAUAUACUGUGGUUCUUUCUUUCCCUACAUACAGUCCUCUGUGUAUGCUUGUAUAUUUCUAUCUAGAAGUGCUUUCCUAUAGCUUUGUUUAUAACUGAUUGCCAUGCAGUGGUUUACAUAUUAUACAACAUAUAGUACUGUGCAAAAGUCUUGAUCCAUCUGUCAGUUCUUUAUAUUUUGCUAGGAAAAUGGGACGUAGGUGCAGUGAUGUAUUGAAACAUAUAAGAACACACAUGAUAAUUCAGUACAUAAGGUAAAAAUAGAAUUGUAAAAUUAUAAUAAGCUUGAAAUUCAAUACUUAAUAUAAACAUGUUUAUU